AUGGCUUUGACAAAGAUCAAUGGCAAAAUGGCGCGUGCCAUGGCCCUCAAGAGCAAGCGGAGACGCAAGCCCGUCUUUGUCUCCUCCAAGCAGCUCCUUCACCCUCGACUUGUCCACCAAACGCGGAAAAGACGACCCUUUCAUCUUCCAUCAAAGAAACCCUCGGAUUCUCAGGCCCUCGAUCCCCUCAAUAUGAGCUCUUCCCCCGAGGCCGAUCGUUCUCCUUCUCCUCCUUCUCCCCCGCCACCAGACGAGCUGCAGUCCUCUUUCCUCAAACUUCUCCCCCGCCAAUCUCCACCAGAUUCGGGCCAGAGCAAUCCGUCGGACGCCGCAAAACUCGCUCUCCAGAAGCUCCUGGCCGACCCGAUCAAGUUUGUGCCGGCUACCAAGACCACCAUGGACACUGAGAUUCGCACCGUCCCUAAGCGGCUGAUGAGGGAGAACCGGACCGCUCGCCAGGAAUCGCGCUUCUCCUAUGUCCGUGGCAUCUCCAAAAGCUUCCCCAACGCGAACAUGGGAGCCAUUGGCAUGUACAACCCGGCCAACUGGUGCUACCGGCGCGGUGUGCUGCAGUCGCUGAUGAACCUGCCCGUAUUUCUGAACUGGAUCGAGCGGCACCAGGCCAACGGACGUUACUGCAGUAGCCGGCGCGGAGCGUCGUAUUGCAUUGCGUGCGCUUUGAAAAACCUGUACCAGGCUUACUGGGACCCUGGCCGCACGUCUAGAUCCGUCCUACAGGCGACCAGUUAUUUUGAUAAGGUUGUUGCCUCGCUCGGCAGUGAGCCUAACACUGAUAGCCCCUGGCCGCCAGAUGGCGGUCAUUUUAAUUUGUAUAGCCAAAAAGGGAAGAAACGCAAGCGCGAUGACCACUCGCAGCAGUGUGCCGGGGAGUUUGCUGGCUGGCUCUUCCAGCAGCUGGACGACAGAGGGGUGAUGCCAAAAGAAGAAACCAACGCGCUCUUCAUGUUGGAAAUCGAAAGGCAAUGGAAUUGUAUACGUUGCAAGCACGCGCACAAGAGUGAUGUCGAGGCGCAAUCCCAAAUCAUCAUCUCGCUGCGUGAUCCCAAGCGCGGCCUCAGCUUCGAAGAAUACGUCGACAAAUACUUUUUAGAACGGCUCUCUGGCCCGCGCUGCGACGCAUGCCGCACCACCCAGGAUGUCAACCGCCGCGGCCGCAUCGUCGACGGCCCGGAGGUGCUGUUCGUGCAGCUCCAGCGCGUGGGGUAUGACCCAUACAGGGGAGGCGCGUACAAGAUCCACGACGUCUGUCCAUACCCCCUGUACCUCGACCUCAGCAAGCAUUCAAUCGAGCCAUCGCUGCGGGCGAAGGGUAACCUGAGGUACAAGCUUUCGUCUGUCGUGCAGCAUGCAGGCGAGGCUGGGAGCGGGCAUUACACGGCCAAAGUCGUCUCGCCGUUGGGGGUCGAGCUGCUGAACGACGAGAGUCCCGCGGCGAAGUUGACGGUGGAGCGGUUGCUGAGGCCCAAGGAUGGCUCCUUCCUACCGUACCUCUUGACGUAUGUGCGGGUGCGGCCGGGUGACGAGCGCGGCCGCUGA